AUGAGCGAUCCCACUACCCUGAAGAUUGACGGCGCGCGCUACAUCGUCACGAUGGACCCGGAGCGACGCAUUGUGGCCGACGGUUCGGUUGUCAUAACCGGGAACCGUAUCAGCCAAGUCGGCAAGGCCGCCGAUCUCGCGUCCGUUACGGCCGACCGUACCAUUGACGGGUCUGGCAUCGUGCUCACGCCGGGAUUCGUCAACGGGCACAUGCACAUCAGCUACGCCCACGCCGCGCGGGGCCUGUUUCCGGAUGAUCUCGGAGCGGAAUACCUGCCCAACGUGUUUCGGCUGCAGCAGGCGAUGACCGCAGAUGACGAAUACGCAACCUCGCUACUCGCCAUCGUCGAGCUGUUGAAAUAUGGGACCACCACGUUUAUUGACCCGGGGACGACCACCCAUCUCGAUGAAUGCCUGGCCGCCUACGAUCUGGCCGGCUGCCGCAUCGUGAUUGGUCGCAGUGUGCAGGAUCGGCCCAAUCCGCUGAACUUGCCGGUUUACGGAACCGAUGCGGCGAUCCAGGCUACUGAAGACGUCGUUUCGCUGGCCGAUCGCCUGCCCGGCGAUCUGGUGUCCGCGUGGUCGAUGCCGUUCUCAGCGGAGUUCUGCACGCCGGAACUGCUGGCUGCCUGCGACCGGAUCGCUGCCGACCAUGCGACGCGAUCCACGCUGCACUUUACGAACGGGCCCCGAUGGAUAGCAGAGUGCCGCCGCACCCAUGGCUGCUCUCCCACCGAGUACCUCGAUCGUUGCGGGGCGCUCAACACGCGCAUGACGCUGGCGCACUGCCUCGGCAUCGACACGGACGAAGCCAAACUGAUCGCUGACCGCGGGUCCGCCGUGGUGAUGUGCCCGACCGCCGCGGUCAAAGGCGGGGCUGGGACUGCCUCGCACGGUUUGCUUCCCGAGCUGCUGGAAUUCGGGGCGACCGUGGGCCUGGGCACCGACGCCGGCAACAAUUCCAACCUGCUCGAAACCUUGCGCUCGGUAUACUUGGCCGCGGUGUUGUACAAGGACGGCCGGCGGGAUGUGAGCAUGAUACCAGCGGAAACGGCGCUCGAGCUUGGCACAAUCGGGGGCGCGGCCGCUCUCGGUAUGGACCACCUGAUAGGCUCUGUCGAACCGGGAAAAGCGGCGGAUCUGGUGUUGUUUGACACUCGCCGGGCCGAAUGGGGGGCUUUGCACAAUCCGAUCAACAGCCUGGUUUACAACGCGGACGGUCGCAGCGUUCACACGGUCAUCGUAGACGGCAAGGUAGUCGUGGGCGAUCACCGACCGCUGUUCGCAGACGAAGCGGCGUUGGUGGAAGAGGUUCAAACCAGAGGCGAGGCGCUGUUAAAAAGAACCAGCGUGGCUUUUGCGCCACGCUGGCCCGUGGUGUAA